AUGAAACAAUUUUUUUUAAACUGCAUCAACAAUAUACUUAAAAGAAAAAGAGAAAAUCAAGUGAAACGACUUUUGAAUUUCAUUUUGGAAAAGCAUCGCGGUGGCCACUUGCACGACGACGAUGUUGUGUACCCUCUAUCAGCGCUCUGCUCCUUUCUGAGUGAGUUGAACGAACAGGUGGGACUUCGCGGGGAGGAGAGAUUGCGUCAGGUUAAGAAUUGGGACGGGAAGGGAGGUGAGCAACCCCAAGGUGGAAAAGAAUUCCCUCCACGAACACCUACCACAAACCAUUUACCAAAUAACUACAUACCAUGUUCUACCACCCCGCCAGCCGGAGGUAAAACUGCGCUAAACCACUUCCUUCAAACUACCCAUCUGCACGUGCGAUCCUUCGUGGAGUUCCUCUUGAAGCAGUUCCAUGCAAAGGGUGAUGCAUCAGAGGAGGCUAUCCGAAGUUGUACCUACGUACUGAAUGCACUGUGCCUGUUAAACUACGAUGGACAAAGGGACCAUUGCAGGGAGUUCCUUUCCAGAGUGGUGAAUUCUUUUGUCCAACUAAAUAGGAGGUACCUAAGCCAUGUUGAAAGAAGCGACCAGAGGCGUCAAGCCCCACAAGGGGUACCCACCCAAUUGGGAGUAAGCAUCAAGCAGAAGGAUUCUUCCAAGAAACAGAUACACAGUCAAAUGUUGGUGGAAGUGCUUACGGUAAUUAACAAGCAUGGUAGAAAAUUAAGAAUUUGCAAUGAGGAGAUAGAUCUGAUAAGCAUCUUCUACCUGGAGGUGGUUAAUUACCUGUUCGCUUCAAGCAUCCUUCGCUUAAGCACCCAUGCGAAGCGUUAUCAUACAGAUAAACAUGGUCCUAUCGAAGGAGAGUUCCACCCACGGGUCGUGGUAACUAGCCAUAUUAACCCAAACCACAUGAAUCUGGAUCGAAUCAAGGAAUUCUACUCUUCGCUCCAUUUGGACGUACAUCACUUUGUUAGUAUCGCCCUGUUUGUGAAGAAAUACGCAGAGGUAUUAAACCGGUUUGACAUCCAAGAAGGGAGGUUCCCGAUGGGAAAUGCUCAGAAAGAUGAUAACAAUGGUUACCCCAUCAGCCUGGACCAUCUCCACCGCAUGUUAAACAGGGCCAUCGUGCACAUCUACCUGAACCUCUUUUGGAGACUCGUGUGGGAGGAGUCUUCACAGAAAGGUUUCUCCAACGGAAAACAACACAUAUAUAAUGAAGGCACACAUGUCGGAAGAGCUCCUUCUGAUAAUUUGCAAAAACGAACAACAUUCUAUGCAUACCUAAAAGCAAAACGAUCCUUCCAAGGGUACCUUCCCAAUGCUACCUCCUCCUUUCUGUUCAUGUGGAGAUGCUUUCCUAAUGAAUUUAUCCCCUUGUACAAUUCGCAAAAAAUAAAAAUUCAUUUUGUUGUAAGUAAUAAUAUUCUGGACUUAGUUAGAUGUUUGAAGAUCCUAUCCUUGAGAGUACUAGCUAGCGAUUCUACAACCUGCGACCACUUUAAUAGGAGGAUUUACGAACACAUUGCAUCCUUUAAGCUCCUUCUAAAUGGCAUAAAUGCCCGAAGUUUGCCCAGAACAGAUUCCCUCCUAUGUGCACUUUCUGUGUACUCCCAUUUUUGGGAAUUCAUUGUAAAGUUCUACGCCUCGGUCGUUUACACCAACAGUUUGGUCUACCUGCUUGGAUCUUUCUGCGCAGACAGGGGAAGGGGUAUGAAGGGCAAAAAGCCCGACCUCCUUAUUCGGAUGAUAAAUAAGGAGAUAUUGCGGAGAUGUAAUAGAGAAGGUGCGAAUUAUAUAGAUGCUCCUUCUGGUAGACAAUCAUUUAACGGGAUGUACAGCUCAGAAAGUGAAUACCUACAUGCUUCUCUACUUAGACCGACCAAUCCUCAGUGUUCCCAUCUACUGGAAAACAGUAGACACCUUUUCAACCUGUGUAGUCUGUACGCCCAGAUUAAUUUCCACGACGAGGCCUUCAUUCAAGUGCUCACCAAAACGAUUAUUCAUAAUUUGACAGAACUGGAUAGGAAAGAUAUCGUGGCUGUCGUGUACUUCCUUGGGAAAGCACCCCCAACUCAGGGGGAGAUGCUACAUCACUUGGUGAAAGAGAUCCAACGAAACAUCGCCACCUAUGGCCUGUGCGACUUGCACUUAACAUUGAAGACUCUCCUAAAAUAUACACAUCAAGGAGAGGGGAAAAAUAUUUACUCCACUCAUAUGGUAACUGUACUACACCAUGUCCUUAUACGCAUCCUCAUUGUGUGUUCUCACAUGGAGGCAAAGGAUAAAGGUUCACAGUUUCCAUGGGAGGGAAAGACCAAAGAGGAGGUGGUCUUCGAGAAGGUUGAUUUUACAAGAACUCUUCAUGCGUUUAACGAUCUGCUUCUCUCCUCAGGGAGUAUGAACAAAAGGUUAGUCAUCCAACGGGGCAAUACUCCACACGUACCGGAGGGGGAUAUUACUACUCUUUCCAUCAGCCAAAAAGAAAUGCAAGCGGUCUAUUCAGAACUGAGAAAGCGAUCAGAUUGGUUCACACAAAGUAACGGAAUGCUCACCCAAGGUGAGAAGAACCUAUUUCUGCGGGAUACCCUCAACAUAUUAAAUGUCGCAGUUAAGCUAAUGAAGAGCAAGCACUUCCCCCCGUUAUAUAAUGGCUACCUCCCCCUGUGCGACGCCUUAUACCUUCUCAUUAAGCGCAUGAGGACUCCCCCCAAUUUCUUCAAUGUAUCAGAGUGGGUCAGUUUAAUCCUCUGCCAUUGCAAGGUUGGCUACCUACCCGAUUACCUUAACGAAUAUUUGGCACUGCUCCAUGGGAAGAUCCAUGGGAAGAUCCACGGGAAGAUCAACGGGGAGAUCAACGGGGAAAUCAACGGGGAAAUCAACGGGGAGAUUCCUGCACAACUGCAUGGGGUUCACAUCAAGGAGCUGCGCCUCAUUCGGAUGUUAUCGGAUCGGUUAAAAUUGCUUCACUUGAAAAACAACAAGCUCUUUGCACCAUUCUGUAUGCCUGGAGAGGGAGAAGUCUCCGGCACCCUGCGGGGUGGGCACUGCUCUCCGGGGUGA